AUGAGUUCAGCAGCUGCACUGCUAACGAUUAGCGUGGCGCUCCUCGCGCUCUUGACUUUCUCGAAUGCUCAGCCAUUCCGCGCGCAGUGCGUGUUCACCCCCACGACCGACUACGGCAAGGCGCUCAACAUUCGCGGCCACCUCUCCUUCUACGCCGCCACCCUGGGCGACAUCACCGGCAACCUCGGCACCGCCGAGUAUGCCAUCAGCAUCAACGACUUCGGCGACAUGACGAACAUGAAGACGGGCGAGUCGGCCGGUUCCCGUUUCAUUGGCGCUGGCAGCAGCUCCCACGGCUGUCCGCCCAGCCCGGAGCGCCGUGCUGGCGACCUGGGCAACUGGCCUGCGAAGGACGGCGUAAUCGAUGCCUCCCAGAACGUCAGCUUGGUCGAGCUGGUCGACGAACAAUACUCGAUUGUGGGCCUGUCCGCGGUGCUGUACGCCAAGCCCGACAACUGCAGCGACCCAACAAUCCCCGACAGCAACCGACUCGCCGUGUGCGUGAUCGGCAUCGCCAACUCCGAUAACAACCCCUCGCUCAACGCUAAUCCGAGCCUCGCGAGCGCGGUGGCCGUGCUGCAGCCCACCACGAACUGCGACGCCAGCUGCUCCGGCACCGUCUGGAUCUUGGCCACUUCCCAGGUCAAGUCCUCGCCCCUCCCUCCGGCGCUUCGCCUCUGCUGCGAGUCUCACAUUCUUAACUCCGAUCUGGGCGUGCAAGUCGUGGCCAGCGUGGCCGGUCUGAAGGCCGGCGCCAAGCACGGGUUCCACAUUCACCAGUAUGGAGAUCUUUCGCUCAAUGACGGCACCAGCGCUGGCGCGCACUGGAACCCGAACGGCCGCAACCACGAGCUGCCCGGAACCAACCCCCGCCACGUCGGCGAUCUGGGUAACAUCCAAUCGUUCGAUGCCCAUACCGGGCUCGGGUGGUACAACUUCACCGACGCCAACAUCCCCAACGUCUACUCCCUCCUCGGCCGCUCCGUGGUUGUCCACGCCGACGUCGAUCACGGCUCUGGCGCCGGCUGCGAUCAAGCUGGAACGGCGGGCAAGCGGCUGCUGAUCGGCGUCAUCGGUGUGGCCAACACGGCCACCCUGCCGCCGGCGCAAGUGCCCAUCACCGUCGACAACAAAUACGAGAACCUCCCCUGCGUCACCUCCCCCUCGCCUGCCCCCAAGCCCCCGACCGAGGACAACAGCGGACUGAAGACCGGUCUGGCGAUCGGGUGGGUGCUGGUGGGCGUGCUGGCGCUGGUCGUCAUCCCCGGCAUGAUCGCCUACUACUGGCUCAAAAUCCGGCCCGGUGCCGGCGGCGGCGAGUUCUACCGCAGCGUCUAG